AUGGUCCGAGACACCAUGGUUGCCGCAGUGAAGCCGGUUCCAUGCACAGUGUACGAAUACUACGAACCAAGUAACCAGAUGACAGUGUUUUACGUUCCUCUGAAAGCGAAGAACUCAAAUAUUUGUGACGUGUGCGGAAUAGAAUGUGGCUGUUUUCCGGAAAACUUAAAAACGGGAAGCUACAGCGGGAGCCUUACUGUGACUAAGGAUGGAAUAAGGGUUGGAAGCACUUAUUUCCAUGUGCUUGUAGAAGGCGAUUCCGAAGACAGGCAAUACCCUCUAGUACAGACGGACAAAGGCAUCUACAAGGCUGGACAAACAGUUCAUUUCCGAAUUCUGGUCAUAAACGAACAACGGAGAGUGGUACAGGACACAUUCACCAUAGACAUAUUCGACGCGGAUUCCAAUCGCGUGCGUCGCUGGGCCAACGUCACGGAUAGUAGCGGCGUUUACGUCGGUAAAAUGGAAAUGUCCAAUUAUCCUGUUCUUGGGGAAUGGACUAUUCUAGUUUCAAAUGAGAAAUAUAGCCAAACCACAAAGUUUGAUGUUGAAGAAUUUGAGCUUCCGAAAUUUGAUGUGGAGUUAGAUUUCCCAAAACAAGUUGCCACGGCGUCGGAUGACUCCUUAAAAGGAAAGGUUUCGGCCCUGUAUACGUUUGGAACUGGAGUGUCUGGUGACCUGGAGCUAACAUUAAAGUACUCAAUCUACAGUGUAGUAAAACAUUUCAAGGUUAAAGAUGGCUCUGUUGAUAUAGACUUGCCAUUUAGAGAACUAGCGUCAGACUUCCGAAAGUCAUAUGUUGCUCGGCGGAUAUUUAAUGCCUCUAAUGGAUAUUACAACAGCGUGCUACGUUUAGAAAUCCAUGCCAAUGUUGUGGAAGAUGUAACGGGAGUGAAUAUGUCCGCAGAAUCCUACCUUAACGUCAAAGUAUACGACGUUGCCUUCCAACCUACGUUCAAGAAGAAAUUUCACGUUGGACAAGACAUAGACAUUUCGGGGGAAGUUACUUCAUAUAUUGGUGACCCCUACCCAGGAGUGGCAUCGGCGGAUAUAGAUCUAUGGGUUGAAGUGAAGCUUUACCUAAUAAAUCGUAGUUGGGUCGUCAUUCGCAAAUUUGCAAGGAUUGAUAUUGACAAAGACAACAAAAUCAGCUACACUGUUGAAGGGGAAGAUUUACAAUUAAAUGUGUCAUAUAUCUACAUGAAGGUUGUUUCAAACGGAUGGUAUAUUGAUGAAGGAGAAUGGUUUGACCUUUCUGAAGGUCAAGCGAAGGAAUUCACUGUCAAAGCAACGAAGGAGAUGAGACCAAACUUUGUGGUCAUGGCGUGGUCCUUGAGAGCAGUACAAACACGUAUAUCCUUCGAUAAAAAGGAGGUGCGGCCAGGUGAUGAUGCCAAUAUUCAUCUUCAAGGCAACGCGGGUUCUAACUUCUACCUGUUAACAGUGGACAAAAGCAUUCUGAUUCUCGAUCAAGGCAAUGAUAUCACGGAGGAAAUCCUGCCUUUAGCAGACAAUAUGAAAAAGGCCACUACACUUGAUGAUUCGUCGUUUUACAACAUACUUCGUUCUGUGUGGCUCAAUUACCACGGAAUUUCAUUAAGAGAAGGAACAGUAUUACCAACAUCGACGACCACUCGACAACCGGAAAAUAAAGGAAAGCAAGUGACCCUUCGCAAGAAAUUCCCCGACACGUGGCUAUUCAACAAUGUUUCGUCAGGUGAGACGGGUAUUGCUGAGUUUACUGCAACAGCUCCUGAUACAAUCACCACUUGGGUGGCUACGUGCUUUGCUAUUGAUGGAAAAUCACGUUUGUCUGUAGCAGUUACCCGAGCAGAGUUGCGGGUGUUCCUGCCCUUCUUCGUUAGUGUUCAGCUACCCUUUUCCGUUAUCCGCAAUGAGCAAGUUGUAAUACAAGCAAACGUGUUCAACUAUCACAAGGAAGAUCUCUAUAUUCUCGUCACAUUAAAGCAAAGUGGCUCGUUCAGGGGACUUGCUGUUUCCAAACGUGGAAAAAGUUUGAAACUGAAAGAAAAAUGUGGAAACAUUGUCAUGUGUAUUUUGGCGAGAUCUGGAAGGGCAACCCCUGCAUUUUUCCCGAUAGUUCCUUUAGAAAUCGGAGACAUCAAAUUGAAAAUAACGGUCGACUCCAAAGUAGCUAAAGACACCGUGGUAAAGAAACUGCGAGUGGAACCGGAAGGAAUGGAACAAAGUGUGGCAUAUCCAGUCCUUAUUGACCUGACCCAGACAAACACAUUCGACUACAGUUUUCAUCUUGCAUAUCCUCCAAAUGUAGUUGAAGGAUCCGAGCGCAUGCAACUCACUUUGAAUGGUGAUAUAAUGGGGCCUACAAUCGACAACCUAGACAGGCUUGUAACACAGCCUUACGGCUGCGGGGAGCAGAAUAUGAUAUCCACAGCCCCGUCUGUGUUCGUAAUAGAAUACCUAACUGCUGUCGGACGCUCAGACGCUGAUCUUGAGAAACUGACAGAAAGCUAUAUUAGAAUAGGAAUACAGCGUGAGAUGAAUUACAAACACCCGGACUGGUCGUUCAGUGCUUGGGGCGGGUCAGGAUCAGGAAGUUCAUGGUUAACUUCAUUUGUUCUGAAGGUUUUCUCAAUGGCGACAUUUUAUGUCGACGUCGAAGACCGCAUAAUAACCUUACCGAGCGCGUAUCUACUUUCAAUUCAAAACGAUGACGGAAGUUUUCCAGAACGUGGAAACGUUAUCCAUCGAGAAAUGCAGGGAGGAUCACAUGGAUCAGUAGAAAGAAUGACUGCGUACGUUUUGAUAGCUUUGAUGGAAGCUAGAGAAGCCGGAGAAGACACAAUCCAGUUUGAUACAGAUCAGAAAAGGAAACUAGUAACAGGAAUAUCAAAUGGACUAAGGUAUCUUGAAGGAAAACUAGAAACAAUAAAAUCUGACUUCACGCUCGCCAUUACCACUAAUGCACUUGGACUUGGAAAAUCUGGAAAGGCCUCCGUUGCUUUACAGAUGUUGAAGAGCAGAGCAAAGUCCUUAGGCGGUAAUGAUAUGCUCUACUGGGAGGAGACGGCGCCUGUCCCCUCAAAAUACCACUUUGGGCCUUCUACAACGGCAGUGUCAAUUGAAAUGACAGCGUACGCUCUUCUUGCACUUUCAAAGGCCGAUGACAAAGUGGACGGAGCACGUGUCAACAAAUGGCUUAUUGGUCAACGUAGUCCUUACGGUGGAUUCAUUUCUUCCCAGGACACGGUGAUUGGACUCGAGGCACUCGCUGCAUUUGGGGCACUCAUGAAGUCACCGCCUGCUGACAUGACUAUCUGGGUCUCGAAGGCCGAGCGUAAAAAUAAACUAAAAUUCCGAAUAACGCCGGAAAAUGAAAUGGUGCUGCAAACAGCUGCUCUUUCGGCAGAUACCAGCGUACUCAAGGUGCAAGCAAUUGGGCAUUCGAAAGCCAUAAUAACGGUAUCGCUGUUCUACAAUAUAUUCAUGGACCUUGAAGAUCAAGAUCUUCGUCUGGAGGUUGAUGUUGUAAAAGAGUCGGUAAACGGUUUUACGGUUCGUUCUUGUAUAAGUUGGUUGGAAGACGACAUUAGCGGCAUGGUCGUUGCUGAGAUAGGAAUUCCUUCAGGAUUUAAAGCAUACAGAUACGGAAUAGCUGGACAUGAGCUGCUUAUGCGAUCAGAAAUUGAAGAGAAAAAAGUUGUUUUGUAUUUUGAUGAGAUUACCCAGGCGAAGGUAUGUGUGGACAUUAACAUGGUCCGAGACACUAUGGUGGCCUCAGUGAAGAAGGUCCCAUGCAAAGUGUAUGAAUACUACGAACCAAGUAACGAGAUGACAGUGUUUUAUGCUCCUCUGUCAGCAAAGAACUCAAAUAUCUGUGACGUGUGCGGGAUACAAUGUGGUUGCGUGGGAGGAAACGACAACACCAUUAUGCCUAUUCACAAUAGUGGGUUUGACUCAGCGGCUCUUAAAUGGAUGCUGGCUGAAGCGGAGCAAAACAAACUUCCAGAGGAUGGAUAUAAAGGAGGGUUGGUGUUUGACGAAAUGGCUAUCCCGACAGACAUUCAAAUCACUGUUAUUGAGCUUGAUGGCUUCGUUGAUGUCGAUGAAGAGGCGAAUGCGUGUGAACGUCUAAGGAAAGGAAAACAGCAGAAAGCGCUUGGGCCACAUAUUCUUUAA